AUGGCUUUAGAUCUCAGAAAAUCACUUCAGUGUGAACCAUCAGGGAAGAAUCUUGGAUCAGAAAAUCUAUGGUUUAAACCAAGCCAGGAACUUGCUGCUCAGAAGGGAGAAGGAAUUCCUGCAUACUCAAGCACUCAGUUCAACUCAUUUCAAGACAGCAAUAACUCACGUGCAAGGCAGGAAUUGCAAAGACUUUAUGGUUUUUUUCACUCAUGGCUGCAACCAGAAAAGCACAGCAAGGAUGAAAUUAUUUCUCAGUUGGUCGUAGAGCAGUUUAUGAUUAGUGGACAGUGCAAUGACAGGGCCAUUGUGAAAGAGACAUGGAAAUCAAGUGGAGGAAACUUGGAGAAAUUCAUGGAAGACCUGACUGAUGAUUGCUUGAAGCCACCUGUCUUAGUCCAUGUCUACAUGCAGGGACAGGAAGCUCUCUUUUCUGAGCAUAUGCCCUUAAGAGAAGUCAUUGUUCAUCUCACAAACCAGAUGUCAAGAGGAACCUCAAGAGGAGAGAAUAUGGGGUCACCCUCUGAGAUACCACAAGAUACUCCCUUGGAAACAGGACAAGAACAUGAAGAUAAAGAUGACCACAACAUUUCAUUGAAAACUACUUGGAUAAAUAACAGCAUUUCUAGGCAAGGCAAUCAAAUACCUGCCUUACUCAUUAUCCAGGAAGAGAAUGUUCAUAGGUCUGAAGAGAGAGGUUUUUCUUGUGAAAACCCACACAGCUCCAAAAAAAUAGGGCUAAGUGCUUCCAGAUCCCAGGAGGGGUCCUUGAAGGGACCCUCUUACCAAAAAGUCCCCACAAAGGUAGGACUGGGGUUUCCCUCCAGGCCAGGUCAGUCCUCCCCUGACCCUGUACCUACCCACCAGAGCAAUGAGGGAAACUCCACAGGUGGGGUACACCAAAAGAGAUCCCAUGGAGCCCCAAAAUUAUACAAAUGUGAGGAAUGCCCUAAGAUCUUUAGGUAUCGCUGUCACUUAUUAGCCCACCAACGAAGACACAGGAAUGAGAGGCCAUUUGUUUGUGCUGGGUGUCACAAAGGCUUCUUCCAGGCAUCAGACCUGAAUAUGCAUCAGAUAAUUCACACAAGACAGAAACCUUUCAGAUGCAGCGUGUGUGAAAAGUCCUUCAGCCACAAAACCAACCUGCGGGCUCAUGAGAGAAUCCACACAGGAGAGAAGCCAUAUAUGUGCCCUGUUUGCGAGAGAAGCUACCGCCAGUCAUCCACAUUCCACCGUCAUAUGAGGACUCAUGAGAAAAUUACGCUGAGAAGUAUCCCCUUCACACCAGAAACUUCCUAA